UGCACCAUCGGCCAGUUAGCGCCAUGUCGCCGCGAGUGGUCACCGUUCUUGCGGUACUCGCCGUCGCCUUUGCAGACGGCCAAAAUGAAAUCAUCUAUCAACUUACUGACGAGCAGUACUAUGAGAUGCCACAUCUCUUCCACCUGGAUGAGUAUGACGGUUGCUUAGCAACGGGAGACGUCUAUUGCCUCGGGAGCUUCGAGCUGGCCGCUGAUAAUGACAACAAACUCUUCCAAACUAUGCAGCGAUAUUCAGCGAAUUGGGUGGACAAUUUCAAUCAUACGCGAUUGCACCGCGGUCUCUGCUUGAAGCGAAGCUGCUCUGAGCACGCCCCGCCUUCGCUGUCAUUCCCGCCAACUCACCAUGAACAGCAAGCCUGGUUUUCAUCAUGCGUAAAUGAAACAAUGCAACGCGGAUAUAAUCUCCGUGCUCGACUGUAUAAGCUAGAAUACUGCAAGACUAGUGCUUCAAAGUCAGGGGGUCCAUUGUCUGUCAGCGAAAAGGGAUUUGCAGCGGCUUUGGCAGCUGUACUCGCAUUGGCGGUAGUCAGUACUACCUUGGAUUUUACAUUGUCCGAUGACGCGAGAAAAGGCGCUGGCUGGGCACUGUCUUGGUCGUUGCGUCAGUCAUGGCGGACACUAACUGCGCCUCCGCCCGCGCCCGCAGACUGCGACCUCCGCGCAUUUGAUGGUCUCCGUGUCUUCUGUAUGUUUUGCGUGAUAAUUGAACACGUCUGCUGGCUUUCCACGCUGUCUUAUCUCGCUGAUACCAGGUUUUCAGAACAGACUCGUCGCACCACUGACGUGAUGCUGAUGACGAACAGCACGCUGGUGGUGCAGAUCUUCUUCAUCAUGUCCAGCUUCCUGCUGGCUCAUAAGCUGCUGCAUGAUCGAUCUCAUCUGCCACCCAUACGCACCUUCUUUCAUACUAUGUUUAAUAGGAUUAUAAGACUAAGUCCGAGUUACUUCGCGGUGUUGUGGUUCGCGGCGAGCUGGUGGGAGCGGCUGGGGCGCGGGCCGCAGUGGCCGCCGCUGGUCGCCGCGGAGGCUCGCGUCUGCAGGGACAAGUGGUGGACUCACCUCCUUUACCUCAACAACAUCGUAUAUCCCGACGAUAAGUGUCUUGUACAGACUUGGUAUUUAGCGGCGGAUACACAGCUGUAUGCGUUAGCAUUGGCCAUAACACUGCUGCUCCGCAACCGCCGCGGCAGCACCGCGGUGCUCGCCGCACUGCUGCUCGCCGCCACCGCCGGCACCUUCGCCCUCGCCUACGUGUGGCAUCUCGUGCCUACAUUUAUAGUGCACAGACCGGAAUCAGUCCGUGCGAUGUACCAUGGCGACGCGUCCUUCAACAUGCUGUACCAGUCCCCGCUGGGCAACGCGGCGGGCGCGCUGUGCGGCUUGCUGCUGGCGCACGCGCACCACGCGCUGCGGCGCGCCGGCCUGCAGCCGCACAACUGUCAGAUGUUCCGCUGGGUGUCAGUGUGCGCGGCGCCGCUGGCGCUGUGGUGGGCGGCACUGUCCCCGCGGCUGGUGCCAGCGGGCUCGCCGCCGCGCGCCGCAGCCGCGGCACUAGCUGCACUCGAGAGGCCAGUGUUCGCUCUCCUUGUCAUACUGGCAUUACUCGGUGCUAUCAACGGAGUUAAAUCGCCGUGGCGCACGUGGCUGUCGGGGCGCGGCUGGGCGUUCUGCGCGCGGCUGUCGUUCGGCGCGCUGCUGCUGCACAUGCCGCUCAACAAGGCUCUGCUCGCCUCCAGAAUCACUCCUAUACAACUUGACAGACAAAAUGCUAUAUUUGAAUGGUUUGGUGUAGCGGCGAUAUCUUACGCGGCGGCGCUACCGCUCGCGUUGCUAGUGGAGAUACCAGUACAACGACUACACAGAGAACUGACGCGGCGCGGCGCCAAGCAGGAACGACCGUCCCAACACGUGCAGUUGUCGCAGCAGCCAGAGAAGACUGAAAUGUAAAUGA